CAACGACUUUCGCUUUGGAAUCGUGUUAUACGCUUCGUUACUUGGUAUCACUCCAGCUCCCCCACCUAUCUAUCAACCGUUAUCAACCCCUCCGCACUUCAAUAUCUCCAAACAUACUACACUCUCUAUAAACAUACAACAGGCUCCUUUGGUCAAACCACGGCGCAUCUAAGCGAAAUCUAGAGAAGGGAAGGAGAUGUCUAAUUCAACCCCCUUUCAAUUCCCGCCGACCUACUCCUUCCCCCCAUUCUUCACGCCCCAGCCGAACAGCACAACACGACUCUCACAGCUUCAAAAAUGGUCGCUACUAAUCCAAUCUUGGUGUCGCCACCACCAAACAUACCGUCUCUCCUUAAUAGAAGCUAUCGAGUCACCGCUAUUCCAUAAUUCCACGUUGCGGAAACGAAUUACACUGUCUGAGGCGCGGAAUAUCCUGGACUGGAUGGCAGAGAGCGAAGAGAAGGGCGGAGGAGGUAGAAGAGCAGAGUGGAUUGAUGGGGCGAAUAAGACGAUUGCUUGGGUUUGGUGGAGGAGACCGGAGGAGUGGGCGGGAAUUCUGGCAGAUUGGAUUGAGAAUACCGGACAAAAGAAUGUGGUUUUGACGGUUUAUGAGUUGGUUGAAGGGGAGGCAACUAUGUCACAAGAAUGGCAUGGCAUGGAUGUAGAUGUUAUGAUGAAGUCGCUCAAUGUCCUUGUGAAACGGGGCAAGGCUCAAAUUUUUGGCAAUGAGGGCCAGGAAGGUGUAAAGUUUUUUUGAUGGAAGCAUUUAUCUAGCGCAGGCGUUGAAAUCAUGCACUGUCAUCAUGGCUGUUCAUUAAAUCGCUCGGAUACGACAAGUAACUUCUACAUGAUAAUUCCAGAAUAUACACAGAAGAAUCACUCCGCAGGUCAAGAACCCCGAG